AUGGAAGAGACGUUGGACGACCUCUUCGGCGACUCGGGUGGCCUGGACCUGAGCUUGUCGGCUCCUGCGCCACCAAAGGCUCUACCAGCUCGAAUUGACGAGCUGCGGAUGCUAGGAUGCUGCCAGAAAAUCGCCUGGUCCAAGGCCGGCGCAAUCGCCUACAUCUCCCAAGACGGGUCAAAGGCUUUUCUACGGAAUCUCAGAUGCAGUCCUGAAGAGGGCAAAUGGAGUCUGAGUGAAGGAGACCACGAUCAUCCCAUUGCUGAAGCACAGAGUGGCCAUACCCUAGUUCAUCUCGCGUGGAAUGAACCUGGGGCAGAGCUUGCUGUUGUCGAUUCUUGCGGGCGCAUAUCUAUCAUCGGAAUGUCAGUUGGUCUUAAUGUUCUGAUGCAGUCACGUCCGGCAGUAUUAGACCCUGACGAUGAUGGGAAUCAGCCUGUUGGACUCAUGUGGCUUGCCCUGAACCGCUCGGUACAUACAUUUAGCCACGCUGGCAGGACAAGCGGUCGAUGGGCGUAUGUUAGAUACCCGCGCAGGCCAAUGGGGCCGUUUCACCCUUUGCAUAAGCUGGCUUUGUUUGUCGUUACGAGAUCUGGCAAGCUGAAACUGCUUUAUCAAAACCAGGAAUUGAAAUGGGGGGAUAUGGUGAUUGAGCUACAAAACACAGGAUAUACCGAUGAUGUCCUAAUGCAUGCCUCAAUGACCCCGGUAGAUGGCGGAGGAAUCAUGAUCGUCACAUACUCAGCGAGCAAUGAGCUACGGCUUUACCGUGCCAUGCUUAAAUGGGAAGGCUCACCGGUUGAUUCCAACACUCAACGACCAAAUAAUUCCAUUGCAGUACCCAGCGUUCAGUUGGCUCAUAUCGAGGUUGAAGUUCCAAAUGUUGUACCAUCCCCAUCAACAUAUGUGAUAGGGAACGAAGACAAUAUAACCAACAAUGCGAAUGGACUAUUUGCACUUACGCACUUGCAAGUAGUCGCCUGCCCAGUGGAUGCUCCUGGUGGGCAAACCGCGCCAAUGGUACUGGCUGUGUUUUCUUGUCCAAUACACAACGUGCACGCACGGCCUCAUCUACAACAUCCCAGCGUCAUUGUGAGAUGGGAGUUCCGUCCAGUCAACCAAACCCUUCAUAGAAGUUUCGAUAGUAUAGCAUCUAAGCAACCACGCAAUCCAUUGCUGCCAAGUACCGAGCUAAAUAGACAGGCGGAUACGUAUUUUGAGAGGCAUAUAGUUUCCAUUGACUACAUGGAAACCGGAAAUCUUUUUGCUAUUACCACUGAGGACGGCAAUAUAACAUUCUACGAUGCGAAGACAUUUACUCCUCUAUCUGGCGUUGAAGAUAUCGAAACUGUUACGAGCCUGCCACAGUCUGGCUUCACCUUUCCUGCUGCAAUUUCUCCAGGCAUUCAUAUUUCAUUUUCACCAAGUGGUUGUAUAGCAGCCUCUCUCGAUGAGAAAUCACAGGUCCAGUUGCGUGUGAUGGAGCAUUCAUUUGGUCACGAGCAAGAUGGUCUGUUUAAUGACGGAAAAUUUAUGAGUGCACUGGCUGCCCUUACCAUGGCUUAUUGCAGAGCUUGCAGCAGUGACAGUAAUAAUGACGAUAUACUAAUGAUUGUUACGCAGCAGCUAAACCAAGAAUCUCAUAAGAAAUUCAUAAAUGAAGUAUAUCGAGCUCUGUCGAUGAAUGUUACGAUUGAACAGGACAAGCUCAUGAAUAAUCCAUAUAUCCUGAAGUGCUUCAGUAUGCAGGCUGCGCUUGGGUUCAAGAACCGACUUGAGCGUCGUAACCUUGCAGCUGCUGUUCCAUGGCUCACUCUACAACUUCGACAAAUAUCCAUCCUACUGACAUACCUACUGCAUUUUAACAAAGCUGGUACUGAGGUUGAUUGUCAUGAUCCCGAAACAUUACGGAUAGCUCUGGGCAAUGUGAAAUGGGCUCUCGACCUAGCUAAAUACAUUGUUGAUGACCUAUUUGAGAUUUCUGACAAUCUAAACGGCCAAUCCAGCAGUCAAGAUUCAGGAUCGUCAUCGGGAAAAAUAUACGAAUCACUGUCGACUAUCCUCAUUAUCUCAAGCAUUCCACGCUCAUUCCUCAAAUAUAUAUGCCGCGGUCUCCGUGGCCUAGCUAACGGAUUUAGGACUGCAACAAAUCUCAGCAAUGAAUCUUACCAAAUCUAUUCUCAAAUAGUGACGGUGAUCACAGAAUCAGCCCUGAAAGUGGACGUAUAUGAGAAGCUUCUUGCAAGCGUUGAGAAUGAUGUUAAACAUGCCUAUCAAAAUGCAGGCUUCAAUAAUGCGGACCGGGCAGCCCCUGAACGAGACCUACUUAUCAAUGGUAGUAUACCCCCCGUCUUACAGCCGGCAGUCACUACAAUCCUGACCAAGACGGUCCCCAUGAUACGGAAUGAAGCCAACCCCAUGUAUUUGUUUUUACAAGACUACAGCUGGCUGGGCGUUGGUGAUGACAAAAGAGCAGAUCUAUUCAGACACAAGUACGAAAUCGACAUCCUUCGGAAAGUUUUAAUACCUCUGGAUGAAUCAAGCGGUACUGCACGGUCGAGCCGAAGGUGCGUUCGAUGCUGUGCAGUAUCACAGGAUAUUCCACCCAAGUCUGUGGCAGCCGUGAAGAUGUUGAUGAGAACUUCUGUUCUCCGAGCGUGUACUUGUGGUGGAAUGUGGUCCAUGAGCAAUGCUAGUAGCGUAAAGGGCUCUACUGCUUUGCCUGGAUGGAGAUAG